AUGUCCGGUGAAUUGUUAUUUGAAUUAAUUGACAAAGCGCAAUGGUCAUUCGAGAGAAAAGUUACUCGAACAGGAAAAGACCAAUCAUGGUCAUUAAAUACCACUUUUAAAAGAUGGUUCAGUUCAUCCAUAACAAUAUCUCCCAAUGCUCAACGAUUCCUUCAACAAUCAGGAAGAUAUUCCUCUCCUGUCUCUGUUCAUAUUCCAUCGGAUCGUUUGGCUUUAGUUAUCAACAACAAUCUCUGCAUCAUAUCGCUUGUUACAUCUGAUGUCUUAUUAGAAAUUCCACUCGAUGUCAUUCAAUCAGACGAAUAUAAUUAUUUGAACAACUUAGCUUGGUCCAAUAAUGGAAAAUUCAUAGCGUAUGGACAUUGGUCAGGUGCUGUUUGUGUUUAUUCCUCUAUCGAUGGGCAAGUAUUACAUGAACUAACAACAAAAUCGUUAAAUCGUCGCGAAGAUUCAUUUGUUCAAAUGUGGUUUUCCGGAAGUGAUGCAUCUCAAUUUAUCGAUUUGUUAUGUUUGAAACGCAGUGGCGAAUUAAUUCGUUAUGUAAUGAGCGUUGACGAUAUUGCCUCAUGUGCAAACGAGAAAUUCGAAUAUAGUAUUGCAUGUGCAAUCAUUGACGAAAACCUUAAUCAACUGUAUGUUGUACCGUUUGAUACAAAGUCGAUUUUUGUUUGGAAAAUUGUCGACACAAAGCCAUCGAUUAUCAAAAUAAAAGAAAUUCGAGAAGAUGAUAAUGAUGUUUACAUUUAUGGCUUGUCACUUUCUCCGAAUGAAACUUUCCUUGCCGCAAUACUCUCAGAUCAAUCUGUUGUUCUUUAUCAGAAUGAUGAACAAUUACAUCGACUAACGAAUUUGAAGAUACCUGAAAAUCGAUCAUUUAUUUGUAAUCUCGAUUAUUGGGAUGAUAAGACUUUAAUAUUAUUCUAUUCGGAUGGUUCAAUGAGUUUUCACGAGGGUACGAAAUCUCUCGAAGAAUAUCGUUAUAAACCGAAUCAAUUCAAUGCCUGGCCACGUUUAUGUCAUCGACCUUUAUCCAAUGAACUAUUUCUGAUUGAUUGUCAAAUAAAUCCCAUUCACGAUGAUGAAAAUGACGACGAACAACAUGUGAAUAUCGUCACCCGCUUAUUUCGUUCAUUUCAAGAUUCUACUGAAUCAAUCAAUGAACGAUUAAUAUUACUUGAACAUAGUGAUCCAUGUCGUUUAAUAGAAAAUUUGAUAUCAAGUGGUGAUUAUGGUGGUGCUCUACGUAUUUGUGAUGUUUUCGAUCGAAAAGAUUUAGCCGAUCAAAUUCAUGAAAAAGAAGCACGUUCAUCUUCGUCUCAAAUCGGAGAGCAUCUAACGAGAAUUCAAUCACGUCUUCAUGUCCUGCAAUUAUGUACAACUAUACUGUAUCCGUCAGGAGAUGAACAACUUCGAUUGAUUCGAUUUGGUCUUGAUCAGGCAACGAAAGAACAGUUAUUCAAUAGUUUAUAUUAUUCUGAUCAACCGUUUUUUCAAUCGAUUUAUAAAGAAAACUUAGCUCUGAACGAUCUUCAAGCCAAAUCGGUGCCGCUCACUAUUCCACAGAAACAAAUUCUUCUUUAUCGAAGAAAACUUCUCGACGAAAGGAGAAAACUAUAUUUAUACGAAGACUUAAUUGAAAAAUGUCAAGUUUUUCAAGAAUAUCAAUCGAAUGUUUUUGACAAAUUUCGAGAAUGGACUUAUCAACAAAUCGCCAUUCGUUGUGCAAGAAAAGGUUGUUUAAAUGGCUUGAAACUUGUCUUGGAUCGUGCGAUACCUUCGAUACCAUCAGCUGAUUUAUUAUCAAUCUUAACGGAGAUCCCUGAAACGAUUACGCUGGCGGAAUACGAAGAUUUAAUUCCGGAAUUUUCUACAAUGAACAAUGAAGACGAAGUCGUCCAACGAAAAGAAAAUGAUUGGAGUGACAAAUAUAUAACCCAGUCCGAAGAAACAAUUCAACCGAUCGAUCAAUCGGUUUAUGUUCAAUGGUACAAAGAAAGAAUCCUUUCGUUUGAAUCGUUUGGUUUCCUGGAAAAUUCGUUGCAACUAUGUAAACAUGCAGUUGAAAACGAGAAUCUUCAAGAGUUUUCCUCGCUGUACAAUAAUCUUCGCAUAGAAUUUCUUUUAAGUAAAUCCUGCGAACAGGAUUUAACGUUAGAACAGCUGGAAAACAUGCCCAAAGAAGACGUCUUAGAGUUGGUUUUAACUUUUAAAAAUGAUUCGAACGAAGAUGAUAUCGAUAAACGUAUUCAACAAGUUUUACUACCAAUUAUGGAAUUCAGUCACCAAUCCAAUGAAUAUUUGAAAAAUAUUUGCAUUAAAAAAUUGCAGAACGAUGUCGAUAUUUAUCCCAUAGUUCGUUCGUUGAAAACGAAAGUUAUUUUUACUCAAAAUCAAUUCGAUCAAUUUAUUCGAGACUUAGUUUUUCAUGUGAAUUCAAUAACUCAACUACCCAUUUGUCAACAGUUAUUAUCGUUAAUUCAACAAAAACAAGAUUUAGAAUACGUUAUUCGAACAUGUACGAUUUUCAUGAAAUGGUCAGUGAAAAUGAUUCCAUCAGAAAUGCUUCGAGUGAUGGAAUCCGAGGAAUCGCUAUCGAAUGCAAUUGUUCUUCUAAUACAAUCAGCAAUCAAAAAGGAAAUGCACAGAAUCAGUAUUUCGACUGGCAAUGAACUUUAUCAUGACAUUGAACAGAUAGCUCGACAUCGUUUAUCAUCACAAACGCUUUCAAACUUAUUUAUAUCAAGUCUAUUGAAGUCCGAUAGUAUUGAAUGUUUCCAAAUUGUUCGAUCGAAUCUGUCAACUCUUCAAAUUCCAUUGAUUAUUCAAGCAGCAACAGAUUAUAUUGAUUCAGCAAAGAACAGUCAAGAUCGAAGUAUUCUUCUUGCAAAACAUUGCUUGGAUUUGAUUGAUGAUCCGUCGGUUGUCAUGAACGAACGAAAUCUUAUCGAAUCACAAAAUAUUUGCGAUUUCUUUCAUUAUUCAAUUACACCUAUUGAAAUUCGUCGCCAUCCAAAUCCCAUACAAAUCAUUCCUGCAAUAUUAAAUUCGAACCCACAAGCUUAUAAAAACACCGGAAAGUUAAUUUCGUUGGCGUUGAGUCUUCCAACAGGAAAUAAACAAAAUCGAAAAUAUCAAUGCAUGCUCUACAUUGCUGAUCACUGUUUGAAGAUUGAAGAUUUGAAUCUAUGUGGAGAACUAUGUUCGUAUUUAAUCGAAGAAAAUUAUGCACCAUCAUGGAAAUGUUGUUGGGCAUUAAUUAACAAAAAUUCGUCAUUCAUUGAUGAAUCUAUCUUAUCAUUUAUCAGUCGACAUUGUGAUGAAAUUCUGUUGGAAGAUGUUUUGAGAAAAUCGAUUUUAAUUCGAGAUCGAUCAAUACCAAAUGAAGAAUUUCAAGUAACAUCAACCUAUUCAUAUUAUUUCAAUUCGUUCUAUGAUCGUGAUUACUCUCAACAGAUGGAUUUCAAGCAAAUUCCACUGUUGAAGUCUCCACCGAUCGAUGAGAAGAGUGCAAUAAAGUACAUCAAUAUCGAUACCCCAUUGUCAAUCAUGGUUUACUUAGCGUCUAACACCAAGAAUGAUCUUAUGAUUGAAAAAGACAACGAAUAUGCAUUGCAAUUAUCCAUCUAUUGUCAAUCAUUGAUGAGAAGUUCAUAUCCACGAAAUUUCCAUGCCAUACCAUCCUCUGUUCUGGAUAAGACAUUAAUUGAGAAUAAUGAAAAUUACAAUCGUUUAGUUCAAGAUCGUCAAUAUUCGAUUUUGAAUCAACUGGAUAAUUCAAUUGAUUUGAAUCGUUUUAAAAUCGAUUCCGAAUAUCGUCGUUUAACAAUUCUCGGCUUAUUUAUGUGUGACAACCCGUCAUUUGAUUAUGCUGAACAAUUAGCAAUCAAAUAUGACAUCUCAGUUGACGAAUGUCAUCAUUCAUAUAUUGAACAUUUACUCACUAGCUCCAACUUAUCCUUGAACGAAAUACGAAAGAAGAUGAAGCCAUUUUUAACUUCCGAACGCUUGAAAAAGAAUCGACAGAUUAAAUUAGAUCUCGUCAAACGAUUACACACACAUGUUUUCCCGUUAAUUGAUGGAAAAGAUUAUGAACGAUUGAAAUUAUUCUAUGAUAUAAAGAAAUCUUUAGGCGAUUUAACACAAGCACAAAAACAUAUUCAAGCAAUUCAACAAUUAACGAAUAUUCUCAACUACGACUUUGAUUACAAAUUGUUUCUUUCUUCGCCGGGAACAUUUAUUGAGACGUAUGGCAAUGAUUCAAAUAUUAUCAAUCUCGGCUUAACUCUUGAUCAAGUCAAAGCUUCGUCAACGUUCGUUGCAACAUCCAGUUGGAUUUAUUCUUAUUAUCUACGAGUCAAUCCUUCAUCAUCGUUCAUUUUCGAUUUAUUACCACGAAUAACAUCAUUCGAAGAUUUCAAAGUUCUUCUCAUUCAUUUAAUCUCAUCAAGAGAGAUUCUCUCAAUUGAAAAACGCAUCGAAAUACUUGAAUUUUCUCUGAAUUUAAUUCAAUCCAAAGAAGACGAACAAUGGAAAACAUUAGAAGACAUGUUAAUCCAAUGUUUAACUAGAUUGAGAACUCUUUCAAAACUUGCCGGAAAUUAUUCCGAAGAUGAACUCAAUCAAUUGGAUCAAUGCGAAGAGAUUUCUGAACAAGAAGAAAUUUUAUCCGAUCUUUUGAUUCAACAUGAACAGUUUGAUUUGAUCAUUUACUUGAAAAAUAGCAUCUUCGAGGAAAUUUCCAUCUAUCGAAUCUUACAACUCACCAUUGAAAAACUCAGUGAUAAAAUCCGAUCGAGUGAUGAACAUAGUUUUUCACGGUUAAAUACUCUUUUGGAAAGUAUAUCAUUGGAUGGUAUUGAUGAAAAAGAAUUAUUUUCAUGUUUACAACAAAUGUGUCGUUCGGAAAAGAUUGAUCGACGCGUUCGAUUCAAGUUAAUUGAAAAACUUGAUCAAAUGUUCGACAAACAAAAUCUGGAAUCGGAUGAUUUGUUAUUAUUUGAACAAUAUCGUUUGUCAACUUUAUUAUCAUCAUUCGAUUCAUUUACUGAAUUAAAGAAAGAAGAUAUUGAAACAGAUGAAAAUCGUUGUCAACUUUUUCAAAAGUAUUUGUCAAAAGCUAAACGACUGAUUCAUUUCGAAGCGCUCUUUCAAAUUCUUAACAAAACAUGGUCAAAAGAACAGAUCGAACAAAUGAAAGGAUCACAUGGAUUAUCUUUGAAGAAUGAACUAAUUUUGACAAUGAUUGAACAGAACAGUGAUUGGGAAAGAAUUUUAUCGGAGAAUAUUGUUCAAUUUGAUGAAGAAGAAAUGAUGUCAUUGAUACAGUAUCUAUAUGAAACGAAAGAGUUGAAUUCCUAUGCAUAUAAAUUAUGGUUGAUAAACCCAAUAUCUUCGUUCGCUGAGCUAUUAUUUCGAUCACCGUUUGAAUCAGUUAUUGACAGAAAAUUUCUUUCUAUGUCCAUCGAACGAAAACGUGUUAGUGAUAUACUAACAAUCAAUCCUUUAUUAUUUGAUUAUUAUCUUAAUGAACGUUUAUCGAAUGACGAAAAACGUAAACUUCAAGAAGAACUAGAAGACAAUGAAGAAUUUCUUUUUAAACUUGCUCAAUUAUUUAUUCACAAGGAAGGUUAUUCAUCUUUUACAUCAUUUGGUCUUAUUAUUGAUACUUUACAGAAAUAUUUCAUAAAUAAAUAA